AAAGCUUCUGUUUGUGUUGUGGUGGAAUAAAAAUAUUUUGCUCUCUAAUUUUCGUGAUUUCUGUGGAAAAUACUGCGAAAAACUUCCUGAAAGUGAGUGAAUUUUCGCGAGAGAAGAACAAUGCUUCGCCGUCGAGGGUACGAUGAUGAAGAUAUGCCGGGGGCUCCUCCAGCUGAACGGGGACGCAAACGCCGCCGUGUUUCGGAGUCUCAGGAGGUGGAGGAUCGUCUGGAGAGUUUAAUUAUUCGCGUUGGAGAGAAAAGUACGGCAUCUCUCGAGUCCAAUCUCGAGGGUUUGGUCUCCGUGCUUGAGGCAGAUUUGGGAGCUUUCCGUGCGAGGAUUUUGCGCAUUCUGUCUGAUUGUGCUAUCCGGAUGCCGGAAAAAUGUACAAUCUACACGACUCUCGUGGGAUUGUUGAAUGCAAAGAAUUACAAUUUUGGCGGGGAGCUGGUGGAUUUCAUUGUGAAGACAUUCAAGUCCAGCUUGAAGAUGUGUCGUUGGGAUGCUGCACGGUAUUCCCUGCGCUUCCUUGCGGAUCUUGUGAAUUGCCACGUAAUUUCGGCCACAUCGCUCCUCCAGCUUCUGGACAAUAUGGUGGAUGUCAGCAAUGAGGAUACCGUGCCCCAGGUGAGGCGGGAUUGGUAUGUUUUUGCCGUACUGUCAACCCUCCCGUGGGUUGGGAGGGAUCUGUAUGAGAAAAAGGAGACUGCUUUGGAGAGUCUUCUCGUGAAGAUUGAAGUUUUCCUCAAUAAGCGCACGAAGAAACAUCACAAUUCCCUCCGGGUGUGGUCUGUGGAUGCUCCACACCCGCAGGAGGAGUACUUGGAUUGCCUCUGGGCACAAAUAAGGAAGUUGCGUCAGGAUAAUUGGGCUGAGAAGCACAUCCCUCGCCCCUAUUUGGCAUUCGAUUCAAUUCUCUGCGAAGCUUUGCAGCAUAAUUUGCCCGUAAUUCAUCCUCCAUCGCACCAGGAGAGCAAUGUCUACCCAAUGCCGUGGGUAGUUUACCGGAUGUUUGACUACACUGACUGCCCCGAUGGGCCAAUUCUUCCCGGAGCUCAUUCCAUUGAGCGCUUCCUCAUUGAGGAGCAUCUUCAUCAUAUAAUUGAGACGUAUCACUGCGAGCGCAAAGACUGUGCCGCCCAUUUGCUCAAUUUCCCCUACAAGAGCAAGAUUCCCCUCGAAUAUUGCAUUGUCGAGGUUAUCUUUGCUGAACUCUUCCACAUGCCGACUCCACGAUAUCUCGAAAUCUGUUACGGAUCCAUUCUCAUUGAACUCUGCAAGCUACAACCGGCUACAAUGCCCCAAGUCCUUGCCCAGGCCACGGAGAUUCUCUUCAUGCGCAUUGACUCCAUGAACACAUCGUGCUUCGAUAGAUUCGUCAAUUGGUUCUCCUACCAUCUCAGCAAUUUCCAAUUCCGCUGGUCUUGGGACGAUUGGGACAGCUGCCUACUCCUAGAACCCGAGCAUCCACGUCCAAAAUUCAUCCAGGAGGUCCUCCACAAGUGCCUCCGUCUCUCCUACCAUCAGAUGAUCAAGGAAAUGAUGCCCGAGACGUAUUCACGGCUCAUUCCCGUGGCCCCGGAGCCGAUCUACAAAUACUCCGCCGAGGGCGCCGCUGCCCUUCCGGGAACACAGACAGCUCAUCAAUUGGUGGUGGCAAUUCGUCAGAAAUGUACCCCAGAGGAGGUACUCGAUGUGCUGAAGGAUUUACCGAAUCCCAAUGAGAAUGAGGGCGAUGGGAGUGAUUUUAAUCCCCUGAAGAUUGAUGUUUUCGUCCAGACUCUCCUCAAUUUGGGCUCAAAGAGUUUCUCCCACAGCUUUGCGGCAAUCUCAAAGUUCCAUCAGGUCUUCAAGACCAUUGCCGAGACGGAGGAAGCGCAAAUUUGUGUGCUACACAAUCUGUUUGAAUUGUGGAAGAAUCAUCAGCAAAUGAUGUGUGUCCUCGUGGAUAAGUUGCUAAAGUUGCAAAUAGUCGAAUGUUCAGCUGUAGCCACGUGGAUUUUCUCCAAGGAAAUGACGGGGGAAUUCACAAAGAUGUAUCUGUGGGAGAUUCUUCAUUUGACCAUCAAGAAGAUGAAUAAACACGUCAUUAAAUUAGGCACUGAACUCGGGGAGGCUAAAGAAAAACUUGCUGGAGAGGAUUCAUCGUCGAGUGAGUCUGAGGAGGAAAGUGCAGCGAAGAAGAAAAAAAUUGAAAUAGCGGACAAACCGACAGAAGAGAUGGUGGAACGUAUGGAGGAGAAACUUGAGGCAGCCAAUGUGGAUCAGAAGCGACUCUUCCUCAUUGUUUUUCAACGUUUCAUUAUGAUUCUAUCGGAGCAUUUGGUGCGAUGUGACACAGAUGGCAGAGAUUACGAUACAGAUUGGUAUCGUUGGACAAUUGGGAGACUUCAGCAAGUCUUCCUGAUGCAUCACGAACAAGUGCAAAAGUACAGCAGUACAUUGGAGUCUCUUUUAUUCACAUCAGACUUGGAUUCUCACAUCUUGGAUGUUUUCCAUCAAUUCAAUGCACUUCGUGCAUAAAAAAUUACAAGCAGAUUACAUUUUGUCGUAAAAUGUAUUUUAUUGCGGUAUUUUGAAAUUCAUGAAAUUCAUUUAUUGUAAAAUAUUUAACGAAAAAAAACUUCUCAACUUGUAGCUUUUUUUGGAGGAAAUAAAAAAGAAAAUAAUUGAAAUGGUUGAGAAAAUCCAA